AUGCAGGCGAUCGUGCAGCAGAUACACCGGGCCAACAUGCGGGCCAUGCUGCUGAGUAGAGUCAACCUUGUCGUCAUCGUCGUCAACUGCGCGGUAAUGCUGAUGCUCAUCGUGACGUGGUCCGUGUCGACGGCGAAGGAGGGCGGUGGCGUGCUGGCGCGCUACGCAGCGUGCAUCAUCGCCUUCAUCCUCCUCGCCGCCGCCACGCUGCUUUCGGUGAUGGUGUACCGCUUGCAGCCCCAGCUCGCUCUCUACUACGCCCACCAAGUGGUGUCGAUCCUCACGCUCUUCGUCACCGCCGUCGCGAUGGGGAUGAACGACGUCGUCGUCGACCUCUGCAGCACCAACACGCAGCUCGAAAGCACGCAGUGCGCCUCCCACGUGGCGGAGCUCAUCGCGGAGCUCCUGGCGUGCCUCUCCAUGGGCUUCAACUUCGCCUCCACGCAGCAGCGCAUCGUGACCUUCAUUGACAAGGGCAUCCUCGACGGCAUCAAGGGCCGCUCCAACGGCAUGACGCAGCUGCCGUAG